AUGCCUCCUGAACUUAUUGGCGCAGUUAUCACUGCGGGUGCUAGUAUGGCUAAUUCUGCCAUAAACGCAUCUAGUACUAAACAAAAUAAUGAAAUGUAUCGUCGUUGGCAGUUGGAAGACCGUCAGCACGAUGAAUAUUAUAACAGUCCCGCACAUCAAAAGGCUAUGCUAGAAAGUGCGGGUCUUGCUCCCUCUCAAUAUAUGGAUAGUCCCGUGGCAACUACUUCAAAUACUGUUGCACCUGAAGCACCACAAUUUGCAGACCCUAUUGCGCCCGCAGUAGAUACUUAUUUCCGUGCCACUGACCUUGAAGCAAAUAAUAAACUUCGUGAAGCGGAAAUUGGUAAAAUUAUUGCGGAAACAAAGUCUGAAAACGAUAAGCGUGCUCUUGAAGUUGCAAAAUUACAGAAUGAACUUGUUCUUCAGGGUCAGGAAAUUGCCUUGAAGUCUAUCGGAAUAGAUUCUCAGGAACUUCAGUUGAGUAUUGCCAAACAGACAGCGCACUAUGUUGUGGAAGUUGCUCGCCUUAAUGCAGAACUUGAAUCUGCAACUUUUGAAGAUAAGGUUAGUCAGUCGCAUAAUGCUACACUUCUCAGUAAUCUCAAUAUUCAGGAUAUGUCCUAUGAGAUUGCGGGUAAAAAGUUUUCCGUUGAGCAUCUUCUUCCAAAACAGUCCGAUAUGCUUGACUCUGCUUUACGUGAAUACGAUGAUAAGCACGAAAUCAGUAUGAAGACGUGUCAGGAAAUGGAUGACGCGCACGCAUAUGCUCUUUUGCAGUUGGAUAUUGCCAAAACUGAUGCGUUCCGUUCUUCUAAGGAGUAUGAAGUACUUCAGGAAAAGGAAGAACGUUUUAAGAAAACUAUACGCAAUCAGGUAGAAUCCGACCUUUCAAACAGUCGCUUUGGUCGUUUCAAUUCUUCUGCCGUUGGUCGUGGUGCUAACAACGUGAAGACUGCUCUUCAAAAUGCUGAGAAAGGUCUUCUUACUAUGUGUACUGCACGUAUGUUCGCGGGCAUCGGCAACAAUAAAACAGAUUGGUCAAAGUCUUAUCUAAAUCCAUUUAAUCCC